AUGGGGGACUUAAUGAAGACGAAUGCCCAGUUAAGCCCCAUUGAGAGCUUAAGGGCCGCCAUACUCAUAGAGGAAGCCCUCAAACAGCUUGCCUUCGUAGGCAAACUAUCUAAGGAACAACGAGGAAACAAAGACAGUAAAUUCGCUGCACAUAGAGGAGAUGAAAUCAUCCGCAUCAUAGACGAACAGCAAGAACUGCAGCAGCAGCAGUUAUUAUUAGUAGGAGAGACGGAGAAAUUAAAAGGAUUAAGUAAUAAACAAGAAUUAAAAGCAGCAGAAGAAAAGCUUUUGCAACUUUCUUAUCGUCUUAAGGAAACAAACAAAGAAUUAUGCAAAAAUCUUAGGCAAAACCCUAACCUACAGGCGAAUUUACUGAAAUUACAAAGAGAGCGUCAACGAUUAGAGGAGAGUUUAGCACAGACAGCAACAGAAUUAAGACAAAAAGGAACUUUUAAAUCUUUAAUACAAAAUAUUGCACAAGAAAAACAAGCACAAGAAAGACUUAAUGAAGCGCGUCGUCGCAACAGAGAAGUGCUGCAGGCAGUAGAGUUAUUAGAAUCGGAGCUGAGGAAGGAAGCAGCAGAGUUUGCCGCGCUGCAGCGUCAAUCAGGAGCAGAAGCAGCAGCACUAAAGGAUAAGAUGCAAGGGUUUAUGCGGCAAGCAGCAACAAAAUUAGGGUUUAGGGAAAGUGCAUUAAGAGAGCAACUUGAAGGCAGCAAAUGGCAACAGCAGCAGCAAGAGCAGCAGCAACAAAGGGAAAUUGAUAAAAAAAAACAAAAUAUAGAGGCUGAUGCUUUUGUUAGAGAUAAAACAUUCGAAUUCCUUAAUACAAGCAUCAAACAGGCAUAA